AUGCGCGGCGCUGAGGGCGGCGGGAUGGCGCUGUGGCGGGGGCUGCGCUGCUGCCGCCGCGCCUUCGCCUGGCUGCCCGUGCUCCUCAUCGCGCUGCUCCUGCUCUGGUCCUACUACGGAUACGUCUGCGAGCUCUGCCUCGUGACUGUGAGCAACCCUGUGGAGAAAGUGGCCUAUCUUGUAGUAUUCCAUAUUCUCUUUGUGCUCUUUGUGUGGACAUAUUGGAAGUCUGUUUUCACUCUCCCAAUACAACCAGGCAAAAAGUUCCACAUGUCCUACGCUGACCAGGAGCGCUACGAGAACGAGGAGAGGCCCGAGGUGCAGCGGCAGAUCCUCGCCGAGAUCGCCAGGAAGCUGCCGGUGUACACGAGGACAGGGAAUGGAGGGAUUCGGUUCUGUGACAGAUGCCAGCUGAUCAAACCUGAUCGUUGUCACCAUUGCUCUGUUUGUGCCAUGUGUGUGCUAAAAAUGGAUCAUCACUGUCCAUGGGUGAAUAACUGCAUUGGAUUUUCUAACUACAAAUUCUUUCUACUGUUCUUAGCCUAUUCUUUGUUGUAUUGCUUGUAUAUUGCUGCAACAGUCUUCAAGUAUUUCAUUAAGUAUUGGACAGGUGAGCUGACUAAUGGACGUUCCAAAUUUCACAUCCUUUUCCUUCUCUUCGUGGCAAUCAUGUUCUUUGUAAGCCUCAUGUUUCUGUUUGGCUACCACUGCUGGCUCGUCAGCAGGAACAGAUCCACUCUAGAGGCUUUCUCAGCUCCAGUGUUUCAAAAUGGCCCAGAUAAAAAUGGAUUCAAUCUUGGCUUUGUGAAGAAUCUCCAGCAAGUGUUUGGGGAAGAAAAAAAGCUCUGGCUGCUGCCUAUUGCCUCUAGCCAGGGGGAUGGACAUUUUUUCCCAAUGAGAGCUUUGAGUGAAGCUCGGAACCCUCUCCUGAUAAAUGAGGAGCAGUGGGAAGAGGACGGAAUAGAUGAAGAGCCUCAGGGCUCUGGUGAAGCCUCAUCCCUUGCCAUAGAAAGGGAGACAUAGCAGUGUGAAAGCACAGUGGUGUAAAGCUGGAUCAGAAAGCUUCCCUCUCAGGAGCCAACAUCCCUUCUCUUCGCAAGGACUUCAGUUUUGAGGGUCAGAAAACAGGUGGAUCUUCAAGAUGAAAAAACAUCCUGAAGUAUUGUCUGAUGGGAAUCUGCAUUCUAGAGUGCUUCUCCAGGAAUCCUGCUGUCCAGAUGUCCCAAGGCUUUAUAAGUUUAAGUUACAGACUUAACAGAACAAUUUGACAGAGUGAUUCUGGCCAAUCUUCUUUGGCCUGCUCUCUUUAUUUUAUAAAUACUAUAUAUUUUUUAUUCAAAACAGGUAAAAAUGUUGAUGCGAGUGCAUUUCCAAAGGCCUUUUCAUUUUGCAAACAUCAGGGACUCGAGCUCUUGAAAUUCUUCCAAGCCAUAAUAUUCUUGGGGAUGGUUAUUUAUUCUGAGGCUGAUUCUCCAACCUUCUCUGACAAGUGACAUUUUCUAAUGUGUUUAAAUUCUAAGUCAGUCAGUUCAGCUCAAUGCAAGACAGACCCAGUUAAAUCUGGCACUAAAUUGGUAGCUGAAUGUAAGAAUAUUGAAAGCAAAAGCGCUGAACAUGCACAUGUACAUGUGCAUCUGUGAAUGAAAAUAAAAUAUUCACAUUGCCAGUAUCAAGAUUCAAGAAUAUUGUGGCCAUAGAUUUUUUAAAACUGUUUUUUAGGAGGGUGUUAUUUUCUUAGAGUUUGGGUAAUAGUGCUUUUGCAUCCUAAUUGCAGGCUCCUAAAAUGCAAAAGGGAACUUCAGACAGUCCAAUUUGCAUUAAUUCCUAGGGCUAAAAUGUCAUCUCAUUCCUGGAUCAGUGUUUGAUGGAGAUUUGUGUGUUCAUGGAGUCAGAAAGGAAGAUGUGAGUUCGAAAUGUGCACUGAAAGCGUGGCUCCAUGAGUCGUGUUUGGAGUUUACACUCCUCCGGGGUGGUUUGAACCCCAAAAUGUUGAAGACACAAUUGAUAUAUUGAAUUUUAUCAGACUUCUUCCCAGCUCAGUGCACUGACUGGCUUCAGGGGUUUCUGCACUAAGAGGUGAUCAGAUUUUUUGCUGCGUUUUGCUGCAUUUACAGUCAAAGAGGUGGAUCCCUGUUUUUGUUCUGGGGAAUGGAACUGAGACUUGGCUGGCUGGAUUAUGGACAUUUUUCUAGACCUGAGUCCUUUUUUUUAUUUGCAUGAUUCAGCCCAGUCCAUCAUUCUUGUUUGAAUUAGGUGCAUGCUAAAAGUAUUGGUGUACUGCCUCUAAGAUCAUUUAGUACCAUUUUCUAUCCCAUUUUUGUGUUUAACAGCCCACUGAUGUUGGCAGUGACUACAGGAGCAGCUGUGCAUGUCAGGAGAAAGGAGCUGCUGAGUGAGUUUGGUGAUGGAGGCUUUGCUUGCAGACUAAACCCCUUUUUCCUCUGUUCCUUUGCUGCUGCUGCCACAGGGAAUGUGUUUGUGAGCCAGGACAGCCUUGCAGAGGUUUCUUCCCUAAGAAAAGGUGUUUAACUCCUGGUUGAUCCGCACCCUGUGGGUGGGAAUUUUGUCCUCAGCCUCUGCAGUUUGUGUGGAGCAGGCAGUGCUGACCUCUCUGCGAUGUCUCACUGCUGAAUUUGGUUGUGAGGGACCAAGGUGGGCUGGCCCAGGCUGGUGUGGCUUUGUGUCUCUCCUCAGGGUGGCCCUGAGCAAUGAAAAUAUUCCUGCUUCAGCCACCUGAGCCCCAUCUGUUGAGUGGAUUUGUCACCAAACUGCUGCUGAGUGCUGGAAGGGUUUUUCCUGUCAAUCUGAAGCUGCAUUUCUAAUGUAAAUCUGGUGUUGGACCUUGUGCUGUGUGUGAUGCAAUGUGGCAGCUGAAUUAAUCCCCUCAUUCCUGGCAAAAUGUGCUCUGGAGAGGGAGCUUCAGAGGAUGAUGGCAGCUAAACACAGCCGGAAUUUAGCACCUACAGAGGUGCUAUUUGUGCCUUUAAAAACUUUCAAUUCCUUGUACAUAAAACCAGGAAGAUUAUUUGGUGACUUUGUUUCAUCCUGUCAGCUGAAGGGUAUUUUUCCAGAGGUUGUGUGGAUUUCUGAGCAGGUUCUUGUGCCCUUCUUGGGCUUGGCUCUGGUUCCAGCCCUGCCAUUAUUUGAGUUGUUUGUGUGCCAGGCAGCAGCAGCAGAGCUGUGCAGGAGCUCCCCUGCCUGUUCCUGCUGCUGCACUGCUCAUUAGAGAGUACAGAAAAUCAGGCUUUGUCUUCUAAUACUAAUCCAGAUAUCUUCAUGAUGGUACAGAUACCAAGCUCAGUUUAAGAAAGGUUGUUAAAUGUUUCCAAGUAACUUUUAUUGAGUCACUUUUCUUGUAAUUAAUUAAGGUCAUCUCUUCCCUUUCCUUCAAAGCAACUAAAAGCCUCCCAUGGUUUAACAAACUCUUGUCCGGGUGGAAACAAUACAGAGUUUAUCACUUCAGAGCCACUUCUCAAUAUCCACACGUCAGAUGCUGGAAAGCUUCAUGAAAUAUGAAACAAACCCAAAAGUUGUGUAAAAUGAGGCAGAACAGAAUGGGGAAAACCCACAAGUCUGAGUGAGCAGCUCCAUUUUGUUCCCUUCUGCCUACUUAAGGUGAUAUCCUUAUUUUCCCCCUGGCCUUUGUGCUUUUUAUGCUUUUUUAAAUGCACUGGAAGAGAGAAGUUCCUCAGGCUGCCGUGGUCGCUGCUGCAGGUGACAAGAGAGAGAAUAUUCAGCCCAGUGUGUGGUAGUUUCUUUUAACCUGCAAAUGGCUCUUCAGGGGUAACCCACUGCAGCACCUCCUCUGUUUUCCAUGCCUUGAUCUUCACCCAGAGGUUCUCCACCAUCAUCACUGACUGUAAGGGCUGUAUCAUCAAACCUCUCCCCUACCUGCCCUCCAUCCCAGCAUUCCAGGAGUGGGAUUCAUCCCACCAAGUCCCAUCAACACCAAGGGUACUGCAGCUCUGAGAGCUGCCCAGCGAUUCCAGUUCAUCCUGUGCUGGUGUCCCAGCACUCCAGGUACACCCUGAGCCCUCCAUGUGCCAGCAGCAGCCACCAGUGUUCACUGUCACUCUCUGGGUGUGUGCUGGAGAUGCAGCUCCAGUCAGAGAACCUGGAGAAUUGUAAAGGUUUGAGUCAAUUCUGGUGCUGCUGUCAGUUGAGUGCCUGAAGGUGUCUCAACCCCCUCCAGGGGCUGUUUGCUCUGCUUAGCAUUGGAGCUACACUACAGCUUUCUCAGCUAUGAACAACUUUUCCAAGUGAUGUCACCACAGGAAAGGAGGGAAUGCUUUUGUUGGACUUUACUGUGAGGCCUCCAUUGUUAUCCCUCUACUCCUGGAUUCAUCCUCUAAAAUAACUGACCACUGACCUCACCUCCUCACCUCUCCCCCUUCUCUCUCGUUUACAUUCAGGUACAAAAACCCAGACAGAGCAUCACAUUGAUGUUUCUCUGUGUGGAAUUGUCCUAAGUCCAGUCCUGGGCCAGCAAGUCCUGCCCAAGGAACCAGGACUUGUGCAAUCCUCACUGCACUGCCAGGUUUCUCUUGCUGAGCUGGAAGAUUUUGGAGUAGGAUAAUCUUGUUUUCUUCCAAGCAGGGAGCAGUUCUGUGUUUGAGGAGGCUGUAUCCAGUGUGUGUGGGGUGCAGUCAGUGGUGAGAAUCAGGAAGAUUCCAAACCACACUAUGCAAUGAAUGUUUGCUUCCUGGGACAAACAGGAAUGGAUUCAGCAAAAUCCACGCCAGCUGCAGCUCUGUAGUUCUAGAUGCUGGUCUGGACUGAAAGCACAACUUGAUGCAUAAAGUCUGUAAUAUGAUAUGAAUGUAAAAUGUCAAGGGGAAACAAUAAAAAAAAGUUAAUUAUUUUUUCCCUGUAUUUAGCUAUGAAGAAUGAUGUGCUGAGCAGUUACUCUGUGCAGAGUUACUCUGCUGAGCAGUUACUCUGCACAGAGCUGGUGCACUCAUGGAAGGGUUUAAUUAGCAGGGGAAGGAACCACUGCUGACCUUGUUUAUUAAGCCAGAAUUAAUUAACUCAAAAGGGUCAUAUUUUAAUUUCAAUGACUCCUGUGGUACAGAUUUCUGAAAUGGAUCCAUAGUACUUGAAAAUACCUCAAUUUUAUUGAUAUUUUUCCAAUUCUAUCCACUUCUACUUUAUUACAGAACACUUGCAAACCUACAGUCAUCCUGAACAGAUCACUGAAGGUGUUUGUGUGGCAGAGGGGCUGUUUUCAUUCCCAGCCUGAUCUGUCAGACCCUGCCCUGCUCACAAACACUGAGCUCGCACCCACUGCUGCAGGGUUUUAGUCUCCUGUCCUUUUUCCAUCCCACUUUGAGUCUUCCCUCUUCCUCCUGAACAUGCAGUUAAAUAUCUUCAGCUUUGAGCAGCUUGUGCUGGUUUUUUUGGGGUACUGUGAAGGUGAGUAGGUGUCAUUUUAUGCAGUUGUGCCAUGCAUUUUAUUUGUAAUUAAUCUCUCUGUUUGUCAGGUAUUGGUUUGUAGUUCCAUCAUCAGGCCCAGCUGGCUUUGCUUAGAGCAGGAUCCCACUUCCUGCAUUUUCUCAUUCCUAAAAGCCUCAUUUCUUCAUUCUCCAGCUUUCUUUUGGGAUGUAAACCUUGUGAAAUAAAAUGUAAGUUUACAUUUCAAAUACAAGCCUAUAAGUUGCUCAUGCCUGCAUGCUCCUUAAAAUACUGUUGUUUUCUGUAUGAGGUUUUAAGAUUUACAGCAGCAUUUGUAAAACUUUAGUGGGUAAAUUGUUAAAAAAAAAAAAAAUUAUGUUAAGGAGGGUGGAAAAAACCACAACCCCCAAAAAAUCCAACAAAAAGGACAAAGGGAUCAUCUCUGCUUCUUAUUCCAGCUGUGCUUGAAAAGAAAUGCCUGUUUGCAUCCAGUGCUGGUGUCAGACAGCCCUUGGAACACGCAGGUACAUGACCAAUGGCUUCCCUGCUGCUUCAGUACUUCCUGAAGCACUUCCUUGAGUUAAACCUUGCACAAAUCCCACGGGAAACCUGAAACCCAACAAAAUCGGCCUCCCCCUCUCCUUUCUAACCUGGGGAAGGUGUGUGCAGCCCCUUCUCAGCACUUCCCUCUGUAAGAGGAGCAGAAGCCCACAGUGAAAGUGUUGGUGAAUUACUUCCCCCCCAUUUUCUGGAGGAUCCGGGAGCCUCCAGGACGUGUCCCAGAACUCCCUCAGCAUCUGGAAUGUUGCUGAUGUCAUGAACUGCUGGGCUGGUGCAGGUGACCUUCCCUGGGAGGGAGGAGGAGGAACCUGUUGUUCCUCUGUUCUCACUUAACCCCAUCCUUCUCUGGAAUUAACCACACUAUGGAGAGGCUUCCUGCUCUACUCAGAGCUACUCCAGAGUGAUUCCAAAUCCAUUGCUGGAGCAGGGAACUUUGGGUUAGGAACAUGGGAAGCAGGAAAAGUCUUUGUUAGUUUAUAAAUUUAUAAUCUGCCUGCUCAGCUGGCUGCUCCUCAUCUGAAAAUGCUGUUUGUGGUGCAAAUGGGUCCCUCAAAGAUAGAACCGAGCUAAAUCUCAGGAUCAGGGGAUGGCAGAGCUGUGGUGUGUGAAACCCCAGGAGGGUUUCAGGCCCUGGCAAACGGGGCUGGAGCAGAACCCCAGUGCAGGGGCUGCUGUGGGUCAGGGGAAUCCUUUGGGAGCUCCCUCUGGGAUCAGCGCUGCCAUUCCUGAUGGAGCUGACAAUUGGGAAACAGCAGCAAUCCCCUGGAGCAGUUUGGAACUGCAUCCAGCUGCUUUUUAGGAGCCCAGCAUGGCCUGGGGCUGGCACCUGUUCCAGUCAGAACUGGUGACUUAAUACACAUCUCUCCCCACGAAUUCAGUGGGAAUUCUUUUCCAAGGAAUGUCACACCAGGAUUGCUGCCCACCUUUGGGGUGUUGUGUUCAGGAGUUUAAUGCUGCUGCUGCUGCUGGCAUUGAGACUUUUGAUAUCAAAUGGGUUUUUACAAAAGCUUUGGAUACUCGUUUUUACUGUUGGACCAAUGUUCUGACUAUGCUGAUGCUCUGUGAAGUUUCACUGGCAUUUUCCAAGUGUUUGUACAGUUUCUACAGCUGAAUAUCCUGUAUGUUCUGCUUUGUUGUUUUUUAUUAUGGUUUAUACUGCACUGCAGGCAAGAACUGCAUUAAAACCAUUUUUGGCUAAUUCA